GACAAAGCUCUCUGCCUCACUUCUCGAACUCCAAACAAACCCUAACCCCUAUCCUCCAAUCCCCACCCUCCAUUUUCUAGGGUUUCGUACGAUCCUCAAUCCAAUCCGCACUCUCUCCAUUCGAUUCUCUUCAACGUCCCUGGCGGAUCGCUCAUCGGACCACUGCAGUUUCCACCGAUCUCUGUCUAUCUUUCCGAAUUCUCCGUGUCAAGCUAUGGAUGGUGAUUCGUGGAGUGCUCGUUUGUCCUCGGCUACAAAGCGGUAUCAGUCAGCCCUGCAGUCGCGAUCUGAUAUGUUCAUGGGAUUUGAAGAAUUUGAUGGAGAUGAAGACAUAAGGGAGGAGUUUCCUUGCCCAUUCUGUUCAGAGUAUUUCGACAUUGUGGGAUUAUGCUGCCACAUAGAUGAUGAGCAUCCUGUGGAGGCAAAGAAUGGGGUGUGUCCAAUUUGUGCAAUAAGGGUGGGGGUUGAUAUGGUUGCACACAUAACUUUGCAACAUGGGAGUGUUUUCAAGAUGCAGCGCAAGAGGAAGACACGUAAAGGUGGUUCUCAUUCAACUCUUUCUUUGUUGAGGAAAGAGCUUCGAGAAGGAAAUCUACAGUCCCUAUUUGGGUCAUCUUCCUGUAUAGUCUCUUCAUCCAGUGCAGCACCUGAUCCAUUGUUGUCAUCAUUUAUUUUGCCUAUGGCUGAUGACUAUAUUGGUGUCCAGCCUCAGCUUUCGGCUCAAACAACCUCAACCAAGAAAAACUCAGAUGAAAAUGUAUUAGAAAGAACUGUCCAAACUACUCCCUUGUCCAUCAAGGAUCAGGAAGAGAAGGCAAGGAGAUGUGAGUUUGUUCAUGGGAUGUUGUUGUCCACCAUUUUCGAUGACAAGUUAUGAAGAGGUUAUCAUCAUGGCAUGCUGCUGCUAUGGUCUUCAGCUUUGCAUCGAUGAGCCCCACGAUCUAUGGUUUGUUUGUAGUGCAUAUUUCAAUGUAUCAAACGCCAAUGAAAUAAAAUUGUAGGAAAUGAAUGUAAUUUAUGCUGGCAUGUCGAGUUUAGGAGUUAGGCUUGCAGAAAGACUCUGAAUCAUCUUAUAUUUUGAGAUCAUAAUUAAGGGAGAAAAAAGAAAAGAAGCCCCUUUCCCUCUUA